CUCGCCAGGCGUCCUCGUGUGACAUCGUCUUUAAACCCUGCGUGGCAAUCCCUGACGCACCGCCGUGAUGCCCAGGGAAGACAGGGCGACCUGGAAGUCCAACUACUUCCUUAAGAUCAUCCAACUAUUGGAUGAUUAUCCAAAAUGUUUCAUCGUGGGAGCAGACAAUGUGGGCUCCAAGCAGAUGCAGCAGAUCCGCAUGUCCCUUCGAGGGAAGGCCGUGGUGCUGAUGGGCAAGAACACCAUGAUGCGCAAGGCCAUCCGAGGGCACCUGGAAAACAACCCAGCUCUGGAGAAACUGCUGCCUCAUAUCCGGGGGAAUGUGGGCUUUGUGUUCACUAAGGAGGACCUCACUGAGAUCAGGGACAUGCUGCUGGCCAAUAAGGUGCCAGCUGCUGCCCGUGCUGGUGCCAUUGCUCCAUGUGAAGUCACUGUGCCAGCCCAGAACACUGGACUCGGGCCCGAAAAGACCUCCUUUUUCCAGGCUUUAGGUAUCACCACUAAAAUCUCCAGGGGCACCAUUGAAAUCCUGAGUGAUGUGCAGCUGAUCAAGACUGGAGACAAAGUGGGAGCCAGCGAAGCCACGCUGCUGAACAUGCUCAACAUCUCCCCCUUCUCCUUUGGGCUGGUCAUCCAGCAGGUGUUCGACAAUGGCAGCAUCUACAAUCCUGAAGUGCUUGACAUCACAGAGGAAACUCUGCAUUCUCGCUUCCUGGAGGGUGUCCGCAAUGUUGCCAGUGUCUGUCUGCAGAUUGGCUACCCAACUGUUGCAUCAGUACCCCAUUCUAUUAUCAACGGGUACAAACGAGUCCUGGCCUUGUCUGUGGAGACGGAUUACACCUUCCCACUUGCUGAAAAGGUCAAGGCCUUCUUGGCUGAUCCAUCUGCCUUUGUGGCUGCUGCCCCUGUGGCCGCUGCCACCACAGCUGCUCCUGCUGCUGCUGCUGCAGCCCCAGCUAAGGUUGAAGCCAAGGAAGAGUCGGAGGAGUCGGACGAGGAUAUGGGAUUUGGUCUCUUUGACUAAUCACCAAAAAGCAACCAACUUAGCCAGCUUUAUUUGCAAAACAAGGAAAUAAAGGCUUACUUCUUUAAAAAAAAAAAAAAAAAAAAAAAAAAAAAAA